AUGCCAGCAGCGACAUGGCUCUCGCAAUCCCAUUGGGAUGCCCUGUCACCUAUUCGGCAGCUCAAGCACGCGUCGUCGUCGAAGAGCGCGCGCGCGCUCGGCGCCAGCACCCUCUCCUCGACGACCGCGCCUCGAGGCUACCAGCCACCGCCCUCCUCCACUUUCCGCGACUCGCCAGCACCCGUCGCGCUCUCGGAGCCCACUCGGAGACCCGUGGGAACCGCACGAGCGCACGAGCGCCCGAGCGCGUCGAACGCGCGGCCCUCAGCGCUCGACCGUCGUGCGGACUCUCACCGCGACCUCCCUCCUCCGCCUCGCUCGCGCCCCGCCGACCGCUCAACGGGCCAACCGGACUGCGAGGACGAGCGACGGCUCCGCUCUCCUCGCAGCCAACCGGCCCCGGCUCACGACACGAGCGAAGACGCACGCGCGCGCGCGCGCCCUCAACGCGAAGACGACCGACCGCCCCGCAGCGCGACGCGCAACGAGACGGCCCUCGCCCACGCGCAACGCGGCACGCCGUCGACACGCGUGGUCUCGCCGCGCCGGUACGAGCAAGCCCGGACGCACGCGCCCCGCUCUGAACGCGAGCGCGAAGCCGGCGCGCAAGUUGCGCCUACGAACAGCGCGCCGCGCGCUCGCAAGGCAGCCUCGACGAACGCGUCGACGAGCUCAACGGGCCACCCGGAGGAUGCACCGACGAGCACGGGGACGAGCCGCCGCGAGGGAAGGAGCAGGGAAAUAAGCAGAGAGGGUACGGUUUUGGUGAGUACCCACGUCCGUCCGCCCGCUGGGCUCUCCUCUCCGCCCGCUCCGCACACACCUCUCUCGCGGUUCUCCUCGCACGACGCUCCACCGCCCCCGCGCGCCCUCUCGCCGUGUUCGCAGGGGCGAGCCGACGUACACGCGUACUUCAAGGCUCAGGCCCAGGUCGCCACGGACUGCAAGGCACGAGCCCGCGCUCUCACGCAACUCGACGGCUCGCUCGCUCGUCCCUUCACCCUCGACGACCCUCCUUCUGAGCACGAGCCGGCCGCUCAGGCUCUCUCGCCACGCUCGCGCGCGCGAGCCGAGGUACGCGCGCGCCACGAGCACGAGACACGGGCCGCGGAAGCAGCGUGGAGGGCACGCGUGGCGAGUUACUCGACUGAGCACCCCACCGUCGUACAAGUCACUGCGACGCGUCUGUACGGGGCGGCCUCGCUCGCAUCCGCCCUCUCGCACGACACGCACACGCUCGUGGAACGCGUGCGCGUGCUCCCUGACGACGCGCCCCUGCCGACGCGCGAUCCUCGCGCUGACGCGCUUUCGUCCCGCAGCCUGGCGGCGCCCGCCUCUGCGUCCCCCCCUCGCCACUCGUCCGACAAGCGCGCGCCCGGUGAACACGCGCACGACGCUCCACCGCCCAAGUCACCCACGCGCGCCCUCUCGCCGUGCUCGCAGGGGCGAGCCGAUGUGCACGCGUACUUCGCGGCUCAAGCCCAGGCGUUCGAGCAACGUCAACGAGAACGCGCUCUCGCGCAACAUGACAACUCGCCCGUUCGUCCUUUCCCGCUCAACGCUCCAUCGCCCGAGCGUCCGUCCGCCGACGACGCUCUCUCACCGCGCUCGCGCGCGCGAGUCGAGGUACGCGCGCACCACGAGCGCAAGAACCAAGCUGCCGAGGCAGCUUGGAGAGCACAUCAAGCAAGGAGGUCACCGGAUCGUUGGCCAAACACGCCCGUCCCUUCAACAACGGUGCUCCCGCGUGCGCACCGCGCGCCCGUCCCUCCGGCCGACGCGCCCCAGCCGACGCGCAAUCCUCGUACUGGCGUGCCCUCGUUCCGCGGCCCUACCACUGCGCCUACGAUGCACGCGCCCCGCGAACGCGACGUGCCUGCCUCCCACAGCUCCGCGCGUUCAGCCGCGACUUCUCGCCCCGGUUCCUCGACCACCCGCGAGAUGUCAAUCUCGAGCGCCCUACGGGAGGGCUGCCGAGCUGUGCCAGCUCAACAUGUGUUCGGUAGCCUCUCCUUAUCCCCCACCUCAGCACGCAAGGGUGAGCAAGCCCAUCACCCUCCGUCGCCCACGCGCUCGUGCUCGCGCCCUUCCUCGCACUCGCUUUCGAACGGCGUGCAAACCGCUGUGUCCGACCGGCACGCGCGCGUGUGCACACUCCCUCCGAUUGACUGCGGGGACGAGCGAUCCUUCCGCUCUCCUCACGGUCGACCGGCCCCAACUGAUGCGACACGCGAGGAUCGCUGCGCCCGCGCCCAGCGUGAAGUUGCUCAACCUUCAGGUGAAGCUUCUCGCGAGACGCGCUCCUCCGGCGCGCCGCGCCAGAACCGGCCCAACGGCAACGCUACGCCGCGCGAACAUUGGCCAGCCCCGGCGCGCACGGGCCAAGAGUUCGAAGCCAGCUUGCGAUCCGUGCGGGCGAGCACGUCGAGUCACCCGAGCAGCGCACUACCCAUUGCGAGUACUAACCGCCAUGACGGUUCGCGUGGGAGACACUCCCCUCCCUCGCCAUCGACGCCGGGUACGCUCGACGCCUGUCCGCCCUCUGCUUGUUCACCCUCGGUCUCGACGGACAUGUGCGGCUCCUCGCCUCCACACGCAAUCAGCCUACCCACCAAUGUGGAGCCCUCUAGUCUCCCUCUGCAACGAGAAGAAUUGGCUCAAUUCUGGAGCAGCUUCCUGCGGAAACCUCAGGUUUCGGCAAGUGUGUGA